AUGUUUUUAUUAAUUCUCAUUGGUUUGUUAACCUGGUUUCUUGCUCAUCAGUUUUACUUCAAACGACGCAACUAUCCACCAGGACCUACACCUCUACCCAUCCUAGGUAAUUAUGCAGAAUUGGGCAAACACGAACCUGGUUAUGAGGCUUUCAAGAAAUGGAGAGAAGAAUAUGGUUCCGUCUACACAGUAUGGCUAGGAACUAUGCCUGUGGUUUUCUUCUCGGAUUAUGACGCUAUCAAAAAAUCGUUCAUUCAGAAAGGAGAACUUUUUACAAACAAACUUCAACUGCCCAUGCUUACGCAAUUUUAUCGAGAAGGUGAUUAUGGAGUCGUUGACACCAACGGAGAAACAUGGAAAACACAUCGCCGGUUUGCUCUUCAUCAGUUGCGGGAUUUUGGAAUGGGCAGACAGCUAUUGGAAGAUAAGAUCAUCACAGAGGCUGAAGCAGUUACCCAAGCGUUAUUGAAGGAAGGACCUGUGAUUUCUAGCAUGCAGAGUAUUUUCGACUGCGCAGUUGGUAGUAUUGUCAACCAGUUACUCUUUGGCUAUCGAUUUGAUGAAAGCAGACAAAAUGAACUUCUUGCCAUGAAAAAAUUGGUGGCUGAACAGAUGCGAUGGUUUGCUCAUCCGACUUUCAUGAUUAUUGCUACUCUCCCAAUACUUCGCUUCUUUCCUUAUUUCCGCGGAUUUUACAACAAGGUUUUCAAAGGACGUGACGAACUGUUUGGCAUCUUUAAUAAGCAAGUCGCAGUUCAUCGAGAGAAAGUUGCCAAGAAGAGCAAAGACGAAGAAGUGACUGACUAUGUGGAAGCAUACAUUCGGGAGCAGGAGAAGAGAGAGGGUGACGGAGAUACAGAAUCAUACUGUAACCUUCAACUGUCCAAUAUGUGUUGCGACCUAUGGUUCGCUGGUUUGGAUACAACAUCUAAUACAUUAGCUUGGUUGGUUGUGUAUAUUCUUCAUCAUCCUGAUGUUCAAAAAAAAGUUCACGAAGAACUUGACAGGGUGAUCGGAGACAAUAGGGCUAUAACAAUGGCAGACAAGAACAAUCUACCUUACAUGAACGCCGUUCUUAAUGUGNGUGUAUAG